AUGGCUACUCGUCAAGUGUCCAUCAAGUUCCUUCAGCGCAUCAGAAACUCCUCCAAGCGACAGUUGACCCUGCGCCUGACGCAAGCCGUGUGGAACACUCCAGACUGCGAGCACUUCACCGAUGUCCAAAUCAAGUACGCUCCCGUCUGCUCCCAACUUUCCGACAGUCGUGUCACUGACUUUGAUCGCAGAAAUCCGCUGCAUACCAGUCAUACCGACCUCCGCCCUCACAUCACCAUACGCCUGCGAACGCCCGAGCAGAUCGCGAGGGGAGCUGGUCAGACUGCACACAUCUACUACGAUGCUGCGAGCGGAGAUUACGAGGCCUUCAAAUUGUUCACUGAGCGGUUGGACAGCGAGAAGGACGAGCCAGGAGAGGUCGAUUAG